CCGGGACGAAGCCCGGGAGCGAUCAGCUGGUGUUAAAGGGGUCGCGACGCUGGACUCGCGGCUGGGGCUGACUCGCCCACCUGCAAAGUUGCAAUGGAUAAGAUCCUCGAGGCCAUCCUGAUGUCUUCUUACCCUGACCACAUGAAACAAGGGCUGGUCAGGAGAGUCGUCGAGGCUUCGAAGCAGUCCAUGGACAGUGAGCAGUGCUGGUCAAUGCUUGAGCUUUCUACGAAGCUCUUCCUGGUGGGUGACACCAAGUUCAAGAGGUCGGUCGGCAAAGAGGUCCUGGAAGCCUUUGGGCUUUAUCACCAGGAAGCUUUUGAGGAGUUCUUCAACGUCCGUUUCCUCCUCAGCCUCCUGCAGGAGGGAUACGGCCCUCUUGGGAAAAGAAGCCUUUAUGUCUUUGAUUAUAUCCACCUGGGGUUGCCAUUCAUUCUGGGGAGUCCCUUGGUCGACGACAUUUUCAGCCUGCUGAGGACAGAGGUUCUCCGUAAGGUCUGCGAGAAGCCGGGGCUUAAGCAGUGCGUGAAGAUCUGCAAGCUCUUAACACAGUACCCGCAGUGUAUCCCCACAGGCAAAUGCCAAGCCCUCUUCUGUCAGCAGCUCAUACGAUGUAUCGGGCAAUUCCACCCUGUCUCAGGCCGAGAAGAGGCCAUCGUGGACUUCCUAGACCAUGUGAUCAAAGUUGGCCUCUUGCUGCAGAAGAUCUGGAAGACUCAGAUGGCCUCCAUCCUCCCAUCCUUGAAAGAACUCUUUGCAAUCAUUUCGUCCACAGAAGACCAGUAUGCACCAUCCAUUGCCUUGGCCAGUGUGGUCCAGUACGUUCCGCUGGAGCUCAUGGACGGGAUCUUAAGAAACCUCACCAAUGAUGACAGCAUAACAGAUGUGCAGAUGAUGAUGGCUAUUGGAAGGAUGAUUGAAUGGGUCUCCUGGCCUCUGGGGAAGAACAUAGACAAAUGGAUCAUAGCGUUGCUGAAGGGCCUGGCUGCAGUGAAGAAGUUUAGCAUCUUGAUCGAAGUCACCCUGUCCAAGAUCGAGAAGGUGUUUUCCAAGUUGCUCUAUCCUAUUCUGAGAGAAGGAGCGCUCUCAGUUCUGCGUUACAUGCUGCUCAGCUUCCAACAUUCUCAUGAGGCAUUUCAUUUGCUGCUUUCGCAUAUCCCCAGAGUGGUGGCUGCCCUCCACAAGGAGAAUUCCAAUUCGGCAGUGAGCUGCUUGGAGCAACUGGCUGAGCUGAUCCACUGCAUGUUCUUCCGCUUCUCAGGAUUCCCGGAUCUUUAUGAACCUGUCGUGGAGGCCAUAAAAGCGCUUCCAAUUCCCAAUGAAGACCGAAUCAAACACCUGCUUGGGCAGAAUGCCUGGACCUCCCAGAAGAAUGAAUUAGCCAGCUUUUAUCCCCGUCUGGUUUCCAAGUCUGAAACAGGGAAAAUCGGGUUAAUUAACCUAGGAAACACCUGCUACAUGAACAGCAUCAUCCAAGCUCUCUUCAUGGCCUCGGAUUUCAGGCGUUCAGUGCUGAAUCUAGCCGAGAACAAUUCCCAGCCUCUGAUGGCUAAGCUGCAAUGGCUCUUUGCCUUCCUCGAGCACAGUCAGCGCCCUGCCAUCUCACCUGAAAGCUUUUUUUCGGCUUCAUGGCCUCCCUGGUUCACCCGGGGAGCUCAGCAGGACUGCUCUGAAUACCUCAAAUACCUGCUCGAUCGGCUGCAUGAAGAAGAGAGGACAGGAAGAAGAAUUUACCAAAAACUCAAGGAGUCCACGCCAAUGCCUCAAGCUGAGCGACAGAAUGCCGCAAACAAGACGUUAGUUGAAAAAAUGUUUGGGGGCAAAAUUAAGACAAAAAUUCGUUGUCUGAAGUGCCUAAAAGUCUCCUCCAGGGAAGAACCCUUCACAGACCUCUCCUUGGCUUUCCCACCAGGUGACAGCCAGGUGCCUGUAGCCCCUAGAAGUACCUCAGUUUUACCUGUAGAAGUAAUGGGUCCACAGACCAUUCAGCAAAGCGUAGAAGUGCAAAGCAGGCUGAGUAACUCACCAAGGAGAUCAGGGGCACACAUGCCACCAGUAGAGAAUCCUUCUCAAGUGUUGCCGAUUGAAACUUUGCGACCAGAAGGUCAACCGACACCUUUCUCUUCGAGAUCUGAACAAGAUGCCUUUCGUGUGAAGCCUGAUGCAGAUUCAGCACCGGCUUGGCAGAAGCCAGUUUGCGGUCCUGAGGGUUCCAGAUCCGUCCCCGACUUGAUCAAUUAUUUCUUAUCCCCCGAGACACUGACAGCAGAGAACCGGUAUCACUGUGAAAACUGCGCUUCCCUCCAAGAUGCGGAGAAGCUGGCCGAGCUGACCGAGGGGCCUCACUACCUCAUCCUCACCCUCCUGCGGUUCUCCUUCGACCUCCGAGCCAUGCGGAGGAAGAAGAUCCUCGACAACGUCUCCGUCCCGCUGGUGUUGAAGCUGCCCAUCCUGACAUCCUCGGAGGAGUGGAGCAGUGCCUCUCCAGGCAGGAACGGCAGGCGAGCCUCGUCACGCAAGGGCUUUGCUUCCAUUGUGUAUGACCUUUGCAGUGUGGUGGUACACUCCGGCGUCUCCUCGGAGAGUGGCCACUACUAUUGCUACGCCAGGGAGUGUGAAGAUGCUACCAGUGAGUGUGAGCUCACGGACGCCUCGCUGAACAUCACCCUGGAGAAGCCGCCAGAUGUUGCCAUCCAGUGGUACCUUUUCAACGACACAAGGGUCUCUUUCUCGUCGUUUGAGUCGGUCAGCAAUGUGACCUCCUUCUUGCCCAAGGACACGGCUUAUCUGCUCUUCUACAGGCAGAGGAUGACUCAGUCAAAAAGCAUGGCCGAGGCUCCGGCAGAAUCUGCCUGGGUAAACGGAGACUUGCAUUCUCCAGAUAAAAGCCUGAUGGAAGCCAUCGCAAAAGACAACAUUCUCUACUUGCAGGAGCAGGAAAAGGAAGCUAGAAGCCGAAGUGCCUACAUUUCCGCCUUGCCCAAGUCCCCUUUGUGGUGGAAGGACUUCGAGGGGGAUGAUGACGAAGGGUCCUCGGGGGGUUGCGGGCACGACCCCGGCGGAGGAGGGUCAAGCUCUUUCCACGGACUCGUCUUCUAGCAGGACCACAUUUCUCAAACCCCAAUGAACAGACCACACCGUACCUGUCACGCAAGACUCCACCACCCUCGUCCCCUUGACCUCUCCCAUCCCCAGAAUACGGGGAGAACACUUAGAGUGGCAGACAGUGCUACAACACAGUCCGACCCUCGACCCCACUCCUCUCUAGAUCUCAGAAUGGUAGCUUUCCGUUGGGGCGCUAGAAAGCCGAUUCCCCACAGAACUGUACUUCCUAGGUUUGCUUAUAGGAGGAAGGCAGAAUGCUGUCCAACGUAGUUUGUAGAGUAUUGAACUAUACCAAUCGGAUUCCACACUCCUUGUAGAAGCAUUGGAAAUCCUUCUGGGACAUCCCUCCACGGCCGUUCUUUUCUGUCAAUACCCAGAGCUGGGUUUUGUCGAUAACGUAAGGAAAUUUCUUCCAGCAAUUUCUUCCUCUGUCAUUGGGUGCUUUUCCAGCACGAAGGAUGAAAGUUGCAAGGAGCUGCAUCUUUGUGCCAGCUGGAAUUGCUGUUCUGCGUGGAUGUUUCAUGUGAAACGAGAUGGAGGGAACCAGGAGCUUUGCUGGGCCAAAGCAAUGUGGGGAUUUAUUUUGGUGAAAGGGUGAAGAAGUUACGCAGUUAACAGGUCUGGCUUUGGAUAUUUGGUCGUAGGUCGACAACAUGCGCCCUGUGAACCGCAGGUGGUCCCUCCGGCCUACCAUCACUGCAGCCCACAAUUUGCCAAAGCAGCAAGCACCAAAACAAGCAGUUUUCUGCCAGUUUUCUGUGGGAAGCUGCCGAGUGGUGCAAUAGCCCAGUUUAGCGGGAGGAUGAGCUAAACUCACCUUUUUAACGGCCCUGCACCAGUGUGCUACUAAGGUUCCCCAUUGGUUUAUUUUUGCUGCCGCCACCAGUUUUCACGGAGUGCUGCUGCAGCUCCCGAAGCUCCUCAGAUGCUCCUGAGCUGUCCAUUCUUUCUUUCGAUAUGAAAAUGGUACCUUUGCCCAAGCUUCUCCUCCAUGCCUGUGGCGGGUCUUACAGCUCCUUUCUCAUCUCUCCAGCUUUGCUGUGUGGCUCAUCAGAGCCCCAGGGAGUCCUCUUCUCCCAGUGAUCACAGUGCUAGGAAGGGUAAGGAGCUUCUGUCCAGCGCUGGCCUGGGCAGCCACAUUGUGGUGGUCUUGUGUGGCACCUUCUCCCUGGAGUUCUUUCAAGGAAUCUCAGCAUCGAGACUGGCACUCCUGGCUGAGUUGCUCGUUUUCCCAGUCCACAUUUUGUCAUCUCUGAAUUAUGUAAUGGCAAAGGUUGGUCACUUAUAUCUGUCGAUCUAUCGCUGAUUAAAAAACCCCGUGGCUGUACCC